AUGACUUGGCAGCAAGCUGAAGAAAGCUGUCGACAAAUUGGAAAAGAUGCUCAUUUGGUAUCGAUACAAACAAUGGAACAAAUUGGUUGGCUUACAGAAGCGAUUGAUACCGAAAUACGAGUGAAAGGUAAAUCAUUGUAUACGUUAUUUCCAAAAAAUUCUCCUUGGUUUGAUUCGGGCUGGUGGAUUGGACUUGGCCAAUUAUGUCCUAACAGUCAAAUCGAUCACAUACCUUUCUUCAGAUGGACCGAUGGAAAUUUGUUUGCCAAUGAUAAAUUAACAAUCGGUGACGUCAAGCUUACCGUGCCAAAAUCAAAAAAAUGGGAUAAUCACUAUUGUGUUUUUUAUGAUUAUCAGAAAUCGUCUACCGGAAUUGCAUUCAAUCGAAUGUUUAACGUGACGAAAUGUUCAGAUCGUCGAAGGUUCAUUUGUCAAAUGCCUGCUUUUUCACAGGAUCAGCUUCCCAAUAGUGAUGUUGUGGUGAUGGAAGAAGAAGUAAAAGUUGCGGAAAGUGAAAGUAAUGAACUCACCGCCGAAUUUCCCUGUGGUAAGGAUCCGUUAUUUUGUCCACUAAAAACUAGCCAAGGUACUGUAUGCUAUCGUUUACAAGCCGAACCAUUUUACUGGGAACAAGCAGUGGAAGAAUGUGAUGCAAAAUAUCAAUCCGACCUUACUUCUAUUCACUCAAAAGAAGAAGCAAAUUUCAUUUACGAAAUGGUGCAAAUGCAACCAUCCGUAAAUGGUGAAACAAAAUAUUGGAUUGGAUUGCAUCGGAGGAAUGCACAAAGUCAAUAUGAAUGGUCGGAUGGUUCAGCGUUUGAUUAUUUGCUGGAACGAUUAUCAAAUGAGGAUCCGGAAGAGGAAAAAGGAGUUUGUGUUGCAAUGCAGUUUAAUAUUAGCACCAGAUUACUACAGAAACAACCGCUCUAUAAUCUUUUUGGUAUUCCAAUUCAAGUGACAAAAAAUAUUCCAGCAUAUUUUUGGACUUAUCAACGAUGUGAUAAUCGCCAUUUGGCAAUAUGUCGUAAACCAGGCUUUGAUUAUCAUUCUCGUUUUGAAUCGUCUGCAAAAGAAGAGAGACGACUGAAAAAGCAGAACAACUGGCAAUGUUCAAAUGGAUACAAAUUAUUCAGAGCAAUGUGUUAUAAAUUAUAUGAUAACACUGUAACAUUUAAUGAAGCUAUUCAACGUUGCAAAAAUGAAAGAGCUAAUUUGGUUAGCUUAACUGAUAUCUAUGAAAACGGAUUUGUUGCAUCAAUGUUGCAAAAUUUAAAUAGUAAUGCAUGGAUUGGUAUGGAUAUGACCGAUGGCCGAGUGCGAUGGCUCGAUGGUGAACCAUUGAAAUUAAUCCGUUUCGGUCCGGAUAAUAGGGUAAUCCGGAUCGGUGGUGAUCGGCAUAUUUUUCAAAAUGUUGGUCAAGCAGGUUUUUCCAAUGAGGCUUGCGUUGCAUUGGAUGCUACUAAUACCAUUGGAUAUUGGGAUAUUAUCUUCAAUAAAACUAAUUACGUUUUCCCUGGUGGUUCAAAAAAAGCUGAUAAUAAAUCAAGCCAAUGUGAUACAUUGAAACUGCCAUAUAUCUGCGAGGCCUAUGCAG